CAUCGAUGUGUUUUACAUCACUAAAAGAAGAAGCAUUCCUCCGUGAAAUUUUGGACAAUAAAAAAUAAUAAUCCAAAAUUUAUUGCAAGCCGAGACAAUCACAAAUCACAAACAAAAUGCCGAAGUUCUACAAGCUUGACAUUAACCGCACAGAGUGGGAGAUACCGGAGACCUAUCAAAACCUUCAGCCAGUCGGACAAGGUGCCUAUGGACAGGUGUGCAAGGCGUUAGUGCGAGGCACCAGCACAAAGGUGGCGAUUAAGAAGUUAGCCCGUCCCUUUCAGUCGGCGGUGCACGCAAAGCGCACGUACCGCGAACUACGUCUUUUGAAGCACAUGGAUCAUGAAAAUGUCAUCGGUCUGUUGGACGUCUUUCAUCCUGGUCAGCCAGCCGAUUCGCUGGAGCAAUUUCAGCAGGUUUACAUGGUGACGCAUCUUAUGGACGCUGAUCUAAACAACAUAAUACGAACGCAGAAGCUCUCCGACGAGCACGUACAGUUUCUGGUAUACCAGAUACUGAGGGGCCUUAAGUACAUUCACAGCGCUGGCGUCAUCCAUCGUGACCUGAAGCCAUCGAAUCUGGCUGUGAAUGAGGACUGCGAACUGCGCAUAUUAGAUUUCGGUCUGGCAAGACCCGCCGAGAGUGAGAUGACUGGGUAUGUGGCCACACGCUGGUAUCGCGCACCGGAAAUCAUGCUCAAUUGGAUGCACUACAAUCAGACAGUGGACAUUUGGUCCGUUGGCUGUAUCAUGGCAGAGCUAUUGACGGGUCGCACCCUCUUUCCGGGCACCGAUCACAUACAUCAACUGAACUUGAUAAUGGAGGUUCUUGGCACACCCAACGACGAGUUUAUGAACAAGAUUUCAUCAGAGAGUGCCCGCACCUAUAUUCGAUCGCUGCCGGUGAUGCCGCGUCGCAGUUUCCGGGAUGUGUUCCGAGGCGCUAAUCCGUUGGCCAUUGAUUUGCUUGAGAAGAUGCUGGAGUUAGAUGCUGAGAAGCGCAUUACGGCUGAGCAAGCGCUGGCUCAUCCUUAUAUGGAGAAGUGGCAUGAUCCCAGCGAUGAGGCCACAUCGACUCUGUACGAUCAAAGCUUUGAGGAGAACGAGCUGCCAGUGGAAAAGUGGAAGGAACUCGUCUUCACAGAAGUGCGCGCCUUCAAGCCACCACCGGCUUUUGCCGAGCUCCUGCCUCAGGCGCAAUAGUAAUCAACGAUGUUAAUCAUAAAUGGACAGCACAAAACGGAGGCGAAAGCGAAAAGUCAAUGAAUGAUGCUACAAUUUUAGUUAGUUAGUUAGAAGGCGAGUCCAAUCGCAUUCGUAACUGUUCUGUUUCUAAAACAAAGUCACAGCCUUAAUAACCAGUUCAACUUUUUGGUGUUGGUGUUUAACUAUAAACUUUCUGUAUUGUAUAAAACUAAAUGUUUGUAUUUAUGUACAAGUCUGCAAAGUCAAAAGCUUGGCCCAAUCAAACGUGUGGCCAACUAGAUAUAGCUAUAGAGAAGCACAUACUCCACAUUAAUAAAAAGUGCUAUUGUGUUUACAAACCAAA